AUGCUACAACCAAGGAGAACAAAGUUCCGCAAGCAGCACCGCGGGAAAAUGAAAGGCGUUUCGAAUCGUGGUAGCGCGUUGGCGUUCGGUGAUUUUGGCCUAAAGGCCGUUGACGCGAGUUGGGUUACGUCUCGACAGAUCGAGUCAGGCCGACGAGCAAUCACUGGUUACGUCCAACGUGGCGGUCAAGUUUGGAUCCGCAUCUUCCCCGACAAACCCGUUUCGUCACGACCAGCGGAGACCCGAAUGGGCGGCGGCAAGGGUGCCGUAGAUCACUGGGUUGCGCCAGUGCGACGCGGGAGGAUCAUCUACGAAAUUGCCGACGUCUCGGAAGCGGCUGCUCGCGAGGCACUGCGCCGCGCCGGGGCCAAAUUUCCGAUGGCUGUCAAAAUCGUCUCGCGUGCUGACGAACUGUAA